AUGGGAGUAAAUUUCUUCGUUCAACAAAAUGCGUUCUCGCCAAGCUGUCUCUCUUUUUUUUUUCCUUCUCGUCUCGUUUUUACUUUUCUUUCCUCUUUACUUGCCUUCUUUCUUCCUUUCUGUCUCUUUUUCAACACAUGCAUGAUUUCACUCUCCUUUUUGUCUGGUCUUUAUUUCUUCCCAUUUCUCAUUCAUUUCUUUUUCUAUCCUUUGCUUUAUUUCUUCACCCCGUCUUUAUCUAACAAUAAUUUUCAAGCACCCGCUAAUCUUUUUCUUUUUUUCUUACUUUCUUUUUUCCCACAUUUUUCUCACUUUAGAAUUGACUCUCUUCAUUCUCUCCUCCCUUCUAUCUCUCUCCCUCUCUUUCUCACUGAAUUCAAUCUUUCUCUCCUUUUCUAUCUCGUACUUUCACUUUCGCCUUUCUCUAUUUUACUUCUUACUAUUUUCAUCCACUGUUCUUAA